AUGGCGGACACCCUGGCGAUACAGCAGACAGCCCACGUGAUUGACCGCGCCGGAAAGCUGGCCUUCCAUUCCAAACGCCAGCACUUGACCCCCAUGGAUGUGGUGGCAGCCAGCGGGGAGCAGGGGUAUGGCGGUGCAGCGCUCCCACAGCUGCUGCACGUGCCUGACGCCGACCUGCUGUACCGGUUCGAGGCCGAUCUGAGCGCCUCCGAGACGGUACGUGCCCAACAGCUGCCCGCUGCACCACUCGAGCUGUACUACAGCAUGGUGCGGCGGGCGUUGCAACACAAGGCGGGUGGAGCUGGAGAAGGGCCGCUGACAGUGCGAGCGGUGACAGCCAGCCUGGCGACCGACCCAGGCUUGCAGCCUGUGCUACCGUACCUGGUGCCACUGCUGGCCGAUGAGGUGGGCAGGAACCUUAAGGAUGUCCAGCAGCUGCGAGUCGUCCUGAGGUGA